AUGUCAGCUGUAAGGCCUCUCAACGUAAAGGAUGCUCUCUCAUAUCUUGACCAGGUCAAGCUUCAGUUUUCGGAACAGCCGGAAGUUUAUAACCAGUUCUUGGACAUUAUGAAAGACUUUAAAAGUCAAGCCAUAGACACUCCCGGUGUUAUAGACAGAGUUUCAAAUUUAUUCAAAGGGCACCCGUCACUUAUACAGGGAUUCAAUACAUUUUUGCCACCGGGCUAUCGUAUUGAUACAAAUCCCCACGAGCCAAAUACUAUACGUGUUACUACUCCUUCAGGCACCACAAGCACGUCUACAGGAGCUCCCGUAGACGUUCAUCCAUCUCAGACGGCCCAAAUGAGUGCGGUUCCUAACCCGACGAACUCGGGGUACUAUCCACCUAAUUACCCUACCUCUUUGAUGACACCGACUAUCCAGCCACCACCUCCGAAUGCAACCAUUCAACAACAAAUGGCUACACCAUACCAUAUAUCAAAUACACAACAAACCGCCAGUCACAAUGUAAACAAUAAUUCGCAGAAUCAUCAACAGGGAAAAAGAGCUCCUGUUGAAUUCAAUCAUGCAAUUAACUAUGUGAAUAAGAUAAAGAACCGUUUUUCAACUGAACCAGAUACCUAUAAGCAAUUUCUUGAAAUUUUACAGACAUACCAGAAAGAACAGAAACCAAUCCUAGACGUUUAUGCACAAGUACAAGUGUUGUUCAAGAAUGCGCCGGAUCUGCUUGAUGAAUUCAAACAAUUUCUUCCUGAUACGUCUGGUAAUACACCGUCUGGUGGCUUAUUUGGACCUCCGGCUCAAUCUCAUCCAUCUGCACAAAAGUCGUCGCAUCUUAUGCCCGUGGUUGCUCCAUUACCAAAUGGGAUUCCAAAUACAGGAAUAGGGGCGCGGCUACCAUCGGUUGGUAACUUUGGUUCAUCUACGUCUAGUAGUGCCACUGAAUCGUUCAAGAAACCUACGGGACAGAACGGAGGUGCAUCGACUCCAAGUGUUAUUUCUGGAGCACUGAGCCCUAUCGGAAAUUCCAGCAUGGGAAAGAAGAAACGAGGUGUCAAUGUUUCUGACCGAAGUCCGUCCGCAUCAGCAUCUAAGCUAAAGAAAUCAAAGACAGUACACAAAUCUUCGGAUGCCCACAGCAGUCCCACACUUGCACCUGUACGAUCAGAACCUUCGCGUCCUCCAAAACAGCCCGCAUCACCAGAUGAACUAUUGUUCUUCGAGAAGGUUAAGAAAUAUCUUAGUGCGAAAGCAUUUCAAGAGUUUCUUAAAGUCAUCAAUCUCUACAGCCAGCGCAUAUUGGACACAAACCUUGUGGUCGACCGUGUGAGGGCUUUCUUGGGACAGAACCAGGAUCUGUUUGAAUGGUUCAAGCUUUUCGUCAAGUAUGAUGAUAAGGAUGAAUUUGUGCAGAAUACUGCAUUCCCCCGACCACGUGUGGAUUUGGAGGGUGCGCGUGCUGUGGGGCCUAGUUACAGACAGUUGCCCAAAUCUGAAUCACAAUUACAAUGUUCAGGACGCGAUGAAAUGUGUUGGGAGGUUUUGAAUGAUGAAUGGGUCUCGCACCCAACAUGGGCAAGUGAAGAAGCCGGGUUUGUGGCGCAUAAGAAGAACCAAUAUGAAGAAGCAUUGCAUAAGUGCGAAGAAGAAAGAUAUGAGUAUGAUAUGUUCAUAGAGGCAAACCUUCAUACCAUAGCAAUUCUUGAGCCAAUAUGCAAGAAAAUUUCGAAAAUGGCACAAGAAGAGAAAUCCAGAUACAAGCUUGAACCUGGCUUUGCUGGGAAAUCCAUGAUAUAUCAACGCGUUAUUAAGAAGGUUUAUGAUGGUGACAAGGCUGUUCUGGAACAACUACAUAAUAACCCUUCCGUGGCAGUUCCGGUCAUACUUCGUCGGCUCAAACAAAAAGAUGAUGAAUGGAAACGAGCACAGCGUGAUUGGAACAAAAUAUGGCGUGAGAUUGACUCGAAGAAUUAUUACAAGUCUCUUGAUCAUCAAGGCAUAACGUUCAAAACUGAUGACAAACGUGCCCUUAAUACAAAAGCACUUGUGGCUGAAAUAGAGGCUUUACGCCGGGAACCUCGAGACGGUCCGGAUGUAAACGAAUAUCAAUUCAAAUUCUAUUUAAAAGAUCAAACAACAUUCAAAGACUGUGUACGCGUUCUAUUCAGUUACCUUGAUCGCUCAGGUUCUGUGACUCCAACUGAUAGAGAUCGUCUUGAGGCGUUCUUUAAGACAUUUGUAUCAAGCUUCUUUGAUUUACCGUCAACAUUGUUUGAUGGACUCCAACGAGAGGACGUAGAAAUGAUGGUUGAUAAUGACGAAGUAUCUGAAUACAAACCUAUGGACAUCCUCUCUAAUGAAUCACUUUCUGCCGAGCAUGUCGAUGGAAUGUGGAUUCAGAUGUCAAAAGAGUCAAAAGAGGAUAUCCGUGCUGUGGUUAACAAGGCAGGGCAUGGAAAACCAGGCAGAAAGUCUACUGUGUUUUUCUGUAAUUCAAAUUUUUACUGCUUCUUCAGACUAUUUCAGAUUUUAUACAGCCGUCUCGAGCAUAUGAAAGAAGGUGCCACCGAUAGGGGACAGAAUGUCAGCCCGCUUAGUAAGAGCCACAAUGUUGCUGCUAGCGAGUUAGAUGUUCUGAAUCCUCGGCUUGACUCUGACCUUGAUAUGGAUACGAAUGGUGACCCGUAUUCUGUGCUUCUGGACCUUAUCGAUCGACUUUUUGAUAAUGAAUUAGAAAAUACGGCCUUCGAAGAUUAUGCGCGAUACAUCUAUGGAACAAAAGCAUAUCUUAUGUUCACUAUUGACCGUUUGGUCUUGAAUUUGACGAGAGUGCUUCAGGGCAUCCUUGCCGAUAGUAAGACAGCUACCUUGAUAAGUUACUUCGAGAAAAAUAGGCAGCCGAGUGACCAAUCGAACGUUCGCCCAAUAAUAAUGUAUCAGCUGAAUGCAAAUUCAGCAAUCGGAUAUGACGAACAUACAUUCCGCCUAGAUUUUGAUAAAGAAGAGAAAUCUUUGUCAAUACUGCUAACUGGCAGAGAUCAUUAUACGCGAGAUGCAGUAACGUCGGAAGAGAAGUGGGCCUAUUAUAUGUACAGCUACAUGUCCUUAAAUCCAACAGAGGGCGUCUCAACGAAAGUAGAUCGCCCAUUUCUCAAGAGGAAUUUACCGGCGAUCGAGCAUAAGGAUCCGGUAUUGACUAAUGUAUCCUCAAAAAAUGGGCUCGAGAUUAAGAUAUGCAUCAAUUCGUAUCAUGUCUUUUUUGUCAAUGAUACAGAAGACGGUUUUCAGCGUUUGGUGCCUGCAUUCCCAAUGUCGAAGAUACGCGAGGAUUUUGCUAAACGGAAAGAUAAGUUUGAUCAAUACUUCAGAGUAGAGUGUGACCGGUUAGGUGUAAUCAACUAUUAA